AUGGGAAAAAAUAACGCGCUCCAGACGAACGAGAGAGGAGAAAACUGGACCUGGUCAGAAGCACUGACCUUGGAGCCCCUGGAUACGGAGACAUGGACCAGCAGCGCAGCACGAAGACUGGUGGCCACAUUAGAGGCCUCCAUUCUUCCCCUAGCGCAGAGCAUAUUAAGCAUAGAGUACUGUAUCUGCAUCUUUAGCGGAAAGCCUAAACAGGCCUACUUUUUUGUUGGAUUUCAAGAUGACAGCUUGAUUUACAUGGAUCCUCAUUACUGUCAGUCUUUUGUGGAUGUCAGCACAAGCGAUUUCCCUCUGCAGUCAUUUCAUUGCCCAUCACCAAAGAAAAUGCCUUUCAGUAAAAUGGAUCCAAGCUGUGCAAUUAGAAUCUACUCAAAAAAUGUUGAACACCAUGAAAGAAUCAGUACCGAGCUGUCAAUGAUAUUGCAGCCUUCAUCGAAAGAGAAGUACCCUCCAUUCACUUUUAUGGUGGGACACGGGAAGGAUUAUGAACUUUCAAUUGCUGUAGAAAAGCAAAAAUGGCCUUUUAUCAGGGACACAAGGAAAGCAGGGACAACAUCAGGAGACUUUGUGCUGCUCUGA